ACUUCGAAAAAUCAAUAUUCUGUGAGGGUGCCUAGCGGCCAAUAAGAAACCGCUGCGUGAAAAUAACAAGAAAGUCGAAAGAAUUUCAAGUUUUCGGUGGACCGCUCCCUGAAAAAAGAGAUAUUUUCUGUUUUUGUUGUGCGUUGCUUGACCACUUUGACCGCGCUCAUUUUUCCUCGCCGCGAAACUAGUUUUUUUAUUUGGUUGCGAACUGCUGAUGACGUUUUAAAGCCCUGCUGGCCAGUGAAAUUAAAGCAAUUGCUUAUAAAAAUCAAUAAAUUCAAGCCACGGGUGUAUACACACAAUUUUAUGGAAAUUUAACCAGCGCUUUAAGAGUCGAAUUGCGAAAACUGGGAGAAACCACCCUCCAGUCCCCAAAAACUCCCCUGAAGGAUGUACUAAAUGGGCUCUAACAAAAUUCCAUCUUCUUUCAAUGUAAAACUGGAGCUAGACUCCAGCAAAGACGACACCAUUCACUCCACAAGCUUGAACAAGAAACUGGUCAAGAUUAAAAAGUUUAAGUUGGACGAUAUGAAGGAGAUGGUGGGCGGCUGUUGCGUUUGUUCGGACGAGCGGGGGUGGCCGGAGAACCCGCUCGUAUACUGUGACGGCCAAAACUGUACCGUGGCAGUGCACCAGGCGUGCUACGGCAUUGUGACGGUGCCUACCGGGCCCUGGUACUGCCGAAAGUGCGAGUCCCAGGAGCGAACCUCGCGUGUGCGUUGCGAACUGUGUCCCUCGCGGGAUGGAGCCCUCAAGAAGACCGAUAACAGUGGCUGGGCGCAUGUCGUCUGCGCGCUUUACAUCCCAGAAGUGCGAUUCGGGAAUGUGACCACCAUGGAGCCAAUCAUAUUGUCCUUAAUCCCGCCGGAGCGGUACUCAAAGACUUGCUACAUUUGCCAGGAGAUUGGCAAACCAAAUCGAGCCAAUGUCGGCGCCUGUAUGCAGUGCAACAAAUCGAACUGCAAGCAGCAGUUCCACGUUACCUGCGCCCAGAGCCUAGGCUUGCUUUGCGAGGAGGCUGGCAACUAUCUAGAUAAUGUGAAGUACUGCGGCUACUGCCAGCACCAUUACAGCAAACUGAAAAAGGGCGGCAACGUCAAAACCAUACCGCCAUAUAAACCCAUUCAACAUGACACCUCUUCCGAUUCAUGUUCGUCGCCCGAGAAGGAGAUCGAUUCCACCAUGAACUCCGCGGCGACCUCGGCCACGAGCAUUAAGAUCACGAGCACCAGUGUUAGUGGCGGAGGCGGAGGCGGGGGCAGCAGUAGUGCUUUGAAUGCCAGCGCCAGUGGGGGAAUCUCCGGGGGAAGCGGCAGUAUAAGUGGCGUCUCCUCUUCCUCCAAGCAGCGCAAGAGCAAUGCUUCCGGUAAAUCGUCGAGCAGCAGUAGCAGCAGCUCAUCAUCCUCGACGGGAGUGGCGGCCAACCCGUCCUCAAGUUCUGCGCACUCUGGCAGUGCCAGCAGUAUGCCAGCCGGGGGCAGUUUACUACCAGGCAGUAGUAACACCAGCAAUAUUAGCAGUAAUUUAGGCAAUAACCUGCCAGGCGGCAGCAGUGCUGGAAGCGUGUCUAGUGGAAGCUCUAGCGCAGGAAAUUUACCAGCCUCCAGUGGUGGCGUAACUCAGUCGGCGGCCAGUCAAUUAUCGGCAGCAGCAGCCACCACAAAAUCAUCGGCCAGCAGCUCGAGCAGUAGUGGCAGCAGCUACAAGGAUAAGCAUAGCAAAAGCUUAAGCAAAUCCACCUCUAGUAAGGAUAAGGACGGGAAAGAUAACGCUAGCAGUUCAGCGAACAAUAGCUUCUCGAAUUCAUCAGCCUCAUCAACAUCUUCCAAUUCAACGUCGUCACGAGAGAAAUCCUCAUCGAAGCUUUCGAAAAGCAAAGACUCCAUCCAAAUACCAAGUGCCACAAGCAGCACAAGUACAACCAGCAGUAUCAGCACACAGCCCACUUCGUCCACCUCAACGGCUGGCAGUGGAUUGGGAGGGUCCGGGACCCUUGUUAGCAGUUCAGCUGCUAGUGGAACCAACUCGAAUGCCUCCACCAGCAAUGAGCACUCGAAUCAUGCCCAUAAUUUUAGCACAAAUGGAGCAGGAUGUGUAAGCGCGGCCGGAAAGCAGCAAUCCGCCAGCAAUCUGACCAAUCCACAUCUCAGCACCAGUAGUUCCGGUUUUGGAUCGGAGUUAAGAUCAGGAAGCACCUCCUCAAGCUCAGCUCUGAACGAUUCCUCCGGAUUCGGUAACAACUCAAAUACAGAAAGGGACAACUCUGCAGGCGCUGGAUCGUCAGCAAGCAGUCUGUCCGGAACGUUGGCUUCGGGCAUAGGUGGCGUAUCCUCCAGUGCGGCCACAAAUCUGAGCACCGGUAAGGGAGGCUCCUCGACAUCGGCGGCCAGCAAUCCCACAUCAACGAACAUCUCCUCGGGCAGCUCGUCGAGUUCCGCAUCGAAAAAACGGAAGGCAGACUCUGCCAAGUCCAGCAGUGCCGUUUCCGUCGCUAGUUCUGCUCUGGACGAUAAUAAUAGCUUGAUAUCCAGAUACGAUAUAAAAGAUGUACAUGUAGCACUGACACCGCUAACAGACUUUGAGAAGGAAAUCGAGAAGAGCUCCAAGAGGCAACGUACCGAACUCAGCCCGCCGACCCACCAGACAUCCGCCACCGCCGAGGUAAAUGCACCGCUGGCCAGCUCGACGACUGCAUCCAUUGCGGUGACGGCGAGUGCCACAGCGGCUUCGGCUCCUCCAGCGACGGGCAGCACUACCUCAGGCAGCAGCAGCGGCGGCAAUGCAAGCUCAACCUCCAGCGGCAACAGUUCCGGCGGACCGACAACCGGAGGAGCACCAUCCGCCGUGGGAUCCGGUGGCUAUCCAAAGACAGAAUCGAGCAAGUCGAGUGGCACUGGAAGCGCUGGCGGCGGCACCAGCAGUAGUUCCAGUGGCAACAAGCACGGCAGCAGCGUCAAGGACAUCAGCAGCAGCAGCAGCAGCAACCAACAGCCGACGUCUGGGAGCAGCAGCAAUGCACCCAGCCUGUAUGUCUCCGUUCCGCUGUCCACGGCCAAUGUACCUGGAAUUAAUCUGCCCACCAGCAGCAGUAGCACUAAUACGAGCAGUGAAUCCCAUUCAGCACCAACGCGCGGCAGCGGCGUUCAAGCCCAACAUCAGCAGCAGAGUGGUUUGCCGCCAAUGGGAGGAGCAGCGGGAUCGUUUCACGGUGCCGCGAGUGGCGGUGGCCCCAACGGCGGCUCCUCGUCGGUCAUCCAGCAUCAGAGCGGCAAGUCAUCUCCGGCUUUGGGCACCCUAGUCAGCGGCAACAGUGGCGGCAGCAUAAUCUCGGCCGGCGGCGUCCCAGUUGCCAGUGGCAACCUGACUGCCACCACCACGGAGAGCGGCAACCUAAAGAUCAGCUACGAGAAGCAGACGACGCGGGUGCAGCAGCUGCAGGAGCAGGAGGCACCACCAGCCCGACGCAGCAGAUCGCGGUCCGGUGAGAGUGGCAGUGGUCACCACCAUGCCCAUCACCACCACCACCAUCACCCCACCCACCACAAUAGCCAUCACCAACAAAAUCCGCAGCAGCAGCAGCAACAUUUACACCAACAGCAACAACAGAGCGCAUCGUCACAGCAGCCCCAUGCGCUGCACUCCUCCACCAACUCCUCCUCCUCCUCCUCAACCACUUCCACCUCCUCGUCCUCCAUGUCGGGUGGCACUGCCGCAGCCACAUCCUCCUCCAAUUCCAAGGGUCCCUCGAGAUCGGGCAAAAAGCGGGGAGCUGCACAAAGCAAGAACGAAGCGGCUUCGGUGGCGACAACGGCAACAUCAGCAAUAGCUGCUGCCACACCAGCCGAGAAGCAGAGUCGCCACAGUUCGCCCCACUACAGUGCCACGCCCACCCCGCCACCGUCGUCUGCGGCACCACCAGUGGUCUCCUCGCCGGUGGUCAUGUUGCAAUCCCUGUCCUCGUCCCCGGUCGAUUCCCCGCCAGCAGCAGUGUCUGCCGCCACUGCAACUAGUCGCAGCACGCGCAAUAACAGCAGCAGCAGCCACAGCAACACCAACCACAAUGGCGAGCAAACGUCAUCGUCCUGUUCGUCCACUUCGUCCUCCUCCUCGAGUGGUGGGUCCAUUGGUGUUGCCAAUGUGGUUAAUCUGCUGGACUCGCCGGUUAAUAUGUCCGCAUCGGGGAGCUUCCGCGCCAGCGGCAAUUCCACCGGCAACGUGUUGCCGACAGGCAGCAGUAACAACAGCAGCAGCAGCAGCAGCAGCCAAACCAAGCCCCUGAACAAAAAAAUGCUGCGUGCGCAGCAAACACAGCUGUAUCAGCAGCAACAACAGCAGCAGCAGCAGCAACAGCAGCAAUAUGCACCCCCCGCUAGAUCCAACUCCCCCACAAAUCUAAGCUCUACCUCUGCCUCAGCGUCAGCCUCCAAUUCCGCUAGCUUUACGCACUUGCAACAGCAGCAGCAACAGCAACAGCCACAGCAGCAACAUGAAGAUCUAGAGAUUUUGCAAUUCACUAAUACGAAUACCACUUCCUCUUCCAACACGGCCACGUCGAAACCCAACAACAGAACGCCCGAUCUCAGCCAGGCCAGCAGCUCAUCGUCGUCAGCGUCCGCAGUGCCCGCUACAACAGCUCCUUUGGUCGUGCUGAGCAACCAGCUGCCACUUAGCUCGAUGGCAGGUGGCGGCUCUGCCGGCGGCCUCAAGUUCACGUACGAGAGUCAGACGCAGCUGGACGUGCCCAUGAUGCCUGUGAGCGCCAUAAAGGACUCGCCACCCAGUUCCCCCGGCUCCGAGAUUGGAUCGGCUAUGCACACGGCGACGGCAGCAGCCAGUUCCCUGACUGCCGCUGCUCCCACAUCUGCGGCUGCUCAGCCCGGGAACGUCCGCAAGCGCGGACGCAAGGCGAAGGAUUCGACGAUAGCAGCAGCAGCAGCAGCGGCGGCGGCGGCGUCGGCAGCUGCAGCAGCAGCAGCAGCUGCUGUGUCCAAUGUUCAACAGGAUCUCAAGGACGUGCGCAUACUGCAGAAUGGGGCAGCCAGUGGCUCGAGCAAUCCAGCCAGCAGCACGCCCACGCCUCCGGCCACGCCCGCCGCCUCGACGACAUCCGCGUCGGCCAGCUCGAUCAUCACGCACACGGCCGCCCACAUGCUGGGCAACCAGAUCAAUCCAAACAGCAGCGUGGCCCAGAAGCUCUCCGAGCAGCUGCACAUGGAGGUGCAGGACCACUCGAUAUACACGUCCGACUCCAUGAACUCGCAGUACGCCGGAGUGCCGUUCCCCGGAAAGCAGCGCAACUCCAGUGCCGCCUCCUGCAACGCCACGCCAGCUCCGAAUCCGCUCCAGUCGAUGUUCAGCGGUGGCGGCAUCAACGGCAACAUGCCCAUUCCUCAGAGUCUGGAGCAGCUGCUCGAGCGCCAGUGGGAGCAGGGCUCGCAGUUUCUCAUGGAGCAGGCGCAGCACUUUGACAUUGCCUCGCUGCUCAACUGCCUGCACCAGCUGCAGAGCGAGAACCUCCGGCUGGAGGAGCAUGUGACCAGCCUGAUAGCGCGACGCGAUCACCUGCUGGCGGUCAAUGCGCGCCUCCAGAUCCCGCUUAACACCAUCGCCAGCAAUGCAAAGGCCGAGGCGCACGCCGCCAUACCAACAACGGCAGCUCCAGCAACCACAACAACAACCUCAACAACAACAGCAACAUCAACUUGUACAACUUCUGUCAUUUCCACACUAGCUUCCAGCAGCAACAGCGGCAGCACCAGCAGCAGUAUAGGAAACGGCAGCAACAUGAGUGCCCUCAAUGCGGCAACAACAAUCGCAGCCGCUGUUUCGCUGGCAACCACUGCCAUUAACACCACCAUCCCCACCAUGGCCAACAGCCGACCCACAGUGGCACCAGCCAGUUCCAGCGGAGUGGUGCUGGACUAUCGCGGACCAGGCACCGCCAACAACAACAACAGCAGCAGCACCAGCAAUACCAGCAACACAGCCAGCAACAGUGUGAACAGCAACAACGGCAACUCUGCAACGACAACAACACCGAUGUCCAUCUCAGGCAUGAAUAUGACCAAUGCAGCCAAUUUGGGAAUGAGGCACGUGUCUGCCGCCCACGCGUACAACAGUGCUGGAAACAACAGCAGCAUUGGAAGCUUGAAUGCCAACAGCGCCGUCAACAGCAACAGCUUGCACCAUCAACAUCCGUCGCACCAGCAGCAGCAACAGGCGCAACACCAGCAGCAACAACAGCAGCAACAGCAACAACAGCAACAGCACGCGCAACAAGUGCAGCAGCACCUUCACCAGUCGCACCACACCAGCGCAGCUGUGGCAGCCGCCCACAUGCUGGGCGUGGGAAUAAGCCUGGGCGCUGGAGGUGGUGCUGCCGCCGGCAUUGGACGAGGUGGGUCAGCGACAGCCAUGGCUGCAACAGCAGCAACAACCACAACUACUUUUACGACCACAGCGGGCACGGGCACGGGCACGGGCACGGGCAUGGGUCAGCAGCACCACCACCCACACCCACACCAACAUCCUAGCAUUCAGAUUCAAGUGGGUGGCGGCGGCGUUGGCGUUGACGGUUUAAGUAGCACCUCCUCCUCCUAUGCGGCGCACCACGCGGCGCUCUACAGCACGCAUCACCAGUCCCAACUAAGGCGCGACGAUAACCUCGCCAAAACCAGCUGAAAGUCGUACCGUGAGCCAGUCCUUCAGCAGGGACAGCAGCAGCAGCUGAAGAAGAAGCCAUCGCCGGCCAAACAAGACGGCCGUCAUAACAGCAGCAGCAGCAGCAGCAGCAGCAGCAACGGUAGCAGCACCAGCAAUCGCGGCGGCAACAAGCAGCCACAGCAACACAACAAUCACAGCAAGUUGAAGCCGGAAGAGCUUGGCUAUCAGCAGCUGAUCGACAAAAAUGACGAUGAUCUCAGCAACAGCAGUUCUUCAACCUUUUCAUCCUCCUCGCAGCAGCAGUCGUCGGUGGACUACGAGGCGGAGGACGAGAACGAGGAAAAACAGCGAAGGCCAUUGCACAAAAACGAGAACGACAGCCUACUGCAUGUGCAGAAUUUUCUAAAGUGCUUUGGACCCAAUGCCUAUGCAUCGGCAAUCAUGGCAAAAGCACCCACUCCGGCCACUCCGACCACCGCGACCAAACCGACAAGUCUCAAGUCUCCGGGAUUGGGAGAGCUGCGUGUCUGGCGUCAGAAUUAUCGCUCCGCAAUCGGUACAGAUGAAGCAGCAACCACAGUAGCAGCAACAUCACAGACCCCAGCCGCAAAUACACCAAUGUUUCAAGCCCAGUCAAGUUCAAGCCACAAACCAACCAAGUUUCAAAUAAACACAAAGUUUUUGCGCAAA